GCGUCUCUUUGGAGCAGACACCGGCUGAGUGAAACGCAGCAACAAGAGAAAGGAAUACUCUUCGGGUUCGUUUUCUACCCGGACUUUCUCCGAGCACCGCACAUCCCUUCCGGUACAAACAAUUUAACCCGAAAACUCGAUGUGGAAGCUGGGCUGAAGGAAGAAAGAGCCACGCUGGGGACGGCAACUAGCUUAUCAAACCGAGCUCGACUAGUAGCCUAGUUGCCUCCCGAGCGACGCUUUAGAAGGAAGGAGUCAUUUAGCCCAACCGGUGGUGAUAAUGGACUAUGAUUUUAAAGUAAAGCUGACCGGCGAAAGAGAGCGUGUCGAGGACCUGUUUGAGUACGAAGGAUGCAAAGUAGGAAGAGGCACCUACGGCCAUGUGUACAAGGCGAAGAGAAAAGAUGGGAAGGAUGAUAAGGACUACGCCCUCAAGCAGAUUGAAGGCACUGGCAUCUCCAUGUCAGCCUGCAGAGAGAUUGCACUGCUGCGGGAGCUGAAGCAUCCCAACGUCAUUUCACUGCAGAAGGUUUUCCUGUCACACGCAGACCGUAAAGUGUGGCUGCUGUUUGACUACGCCGAACAUGAUCUCUGGCACAUUAUUAAGUUCCACAGAGCAUCCAAGGCCAACAAGAAACCACUGCAGCUGCCUAGAGGAAUGGUCAAGUCUCUGCUCUACCAGAUCCUGGAUGGCAUCCAUUACCUCCACGCCAACUGGGUCCUCCACAGAGACCUUAAACCAGCUAACAUUUUAGUUAUGGGGGAGGGGCCAGAGAGGGGUCGAGUAAAGAUUGCGGACAUGGGGUUUGCCCGUCUCUUCAAUUCACCGCUGAAGCCUUUAGCCGAUCUCGACCCUGUGGUGGUCACCUUCUGGUACAGAGCACCUGAGCUACUGCUGGGGGCACGGCACUACACCAAAGCCAUCGACAUCUGGGCUAUUGGCUGCAUCUUUGCGGAGCUGCUGACGUCUGAGCCCAUAUUCCACUGUCGCCAGGAGGACAUCAAGACCAGUAACCCUUACCACCACGACCAAUUGGACCGCAUCUUUAAUGUCAUGGGCUUCCCUGCUGAUAAAGACUGGGAGGACAUUAAAAAGAUGCCAGAACACUCCACGUUGAUGAAAGACUUUAGAAGGAACACAUACACAAACUGCAGCCUUAUAAAAUACAUGGAAAAACACAAAGUCAAACCAGACAGCAAAGCAUUCCACUUGCUGCAGAAGCUGUUGACAAUGGACCCCAUCCGUAGAAUCACUUCUGAGCAGGCCAUGCAGGACCCCUACUUUUUGGAGGAGCCCUUGCCCACCUCUGAUGUGUUUGCAGGGUGCCAGAUUCCCUACCCCAAGAGGGAGUUCCUAACUGAGGAGGAGCCAGAGGACAAGGCAGACAAAAAAAACCAGCAACAGCAACAGGGAAACAACCACACAAAUGGGGCGGGACACACCGGCAACCCUGACAACAGCCAUGCUCAGGGCCCGCCUCUGAAGAAAGUGCGAGUUGUUCCUCCGACCACGACUUCAGGUGGCCUCAUUAUGACCUCGGACUACCAGCGCUCCAAUCAACAUGCUGCCUACCAGAACCCUGGACCAAGCACGGCACUGCCCCAAAGCAGCAUGGGAUACUCCUCUACCUCCCAGCAGCCGCCCCAGUACUCCCACCAAACCCACCGUUACUGAGAAGACCCUCUUAUUUACACAAGCGCGCGCACAUACACACACUUCUAAACAUGGACACGCAUGUACACCGCCCUGAACAUGUCCACCUGAACAAAGGUACUGAGGAAUGUGGGGAUGUCCAAGGCAACAAAACGCCCCACCCCACAGAGGGCACUUUCGCCCCAGCAGUUAGGUCUGAUUGACAACAAACUACACUGCUUCAGGACACGCCCAUAACCUGAGUAUUAGAAACACUGCUAUAGAGCAAGACCUGAUGGGGGGUGGGAACAUUAGAAGGCGGGAGGAUUAGAAGAAUGGAUACAAGGAUAUAUCCCAACCUUGUCCUGUGAAUCAAACUAACCAAGAGAAGAUGGCUUGGGGGGGGGGGGGGGGCUGGACAUGUGUUAAUCUGCUGUGUCAUCUCCUCCACUUGUCUCCACACCCCCACCUACGCCUGACCUCAGCCAGUUACCCUCUACCAUUGACGCUUGGAUGAGACUGAAGGCUGCUAUGUGACUGCCAGCGGUGACAGAUGCCUGGCCGCCUCCUGUCUGUUUAUUUUGUGUGCGAGGCGCUGUGAAGGCCUCAGCUGGGGAUUGAACUGAGCUGCGUGAAGCAUGCUGGGAGGAUAUGGAGCCCCCACAGCUGUGGCGUUGAGGGUUUUGUGUUGCGAAAGGACACAAAAAAAGAUGACAAAAAAUUAUUUUAGUAGUGUAUAAUUUAAUCUGUUUUCAGGGUAAGUGUGGCAAAGCAGCUUGCGCUGUCUGAGCGCUCCGCUGCUGUAUGCUGUGGGCAAGCCGUACAACAUGGUGACAACCUACCAACGCGUGGAGGACGGCAGAUGGAACAUGCAUUGUAUUGUUUGGAAAUAUUUUACAUGAAGCAAGUAUCCUAACAAUAAAAGUGAAAACAAU